AUGGAAAUGGGAAAAGAAACCAUUUGCGACUUCCUUCGCAAAAUUGAUUGCGAAGAAUUUGUGGAAAUCUUCGAAAGUAUCCUCGUCUCAUCAUGUGAAAAACUACCAAACCGCUUCGAUACACUUUCGCCAAGUCUAAUGUAUGAUAUGAUCCACCAUUACAACAACUACACCAACACUUUGAGUCGAUUUUUAACUGGAUACCAUCAGCUAGAAGAACAGAAUGACGAUAACGAGAACGCACUAUCCAGCUUGUGCGAAGACACGACGCCGGACGAGGAACCAAGAUGCAGAAGUAACUCAUCUGCGACCAGUAAAUCGUUUACGAUAGCAGCGAUUUUAGGACUGAAUAAUAACGAUAAUGGAAAUUUAUAAUCUGAAGCUGUUAUGACAUCAUUGGCUCAAGUUACUGCUCAUGCAUGA